ACCCAAAACGCUAUUUUUCCCCCUCCAGUAGCAUCCUGCCAGCAAACAGCAACGCCCUGUAUCCCAGACCGGCGUGCGUACCACACAGACGCACUGCCCGGUGAGAGAUAACGGAGCUGCUGCUGAAGCAUCUGCAGAGCUGGUCGCCUCUUUUUGUUCCAUCCCUAACACCGGGACUGAAGAUAGUCAUUAUCACUACUGCUGAGGAUGUGUGAGAGUAUUUCGAUGCGAGUUCGGAUCGGAUGGAUUCAAUGAAAGGAAUACUCUUAGCCAGGAGGAAAACCAUGACAGGCAUCCUGCUCCCCUGACGAUUCUCGGGUAUGCAGUCGUAGUUUGAGGCCGGACAUGAUUUUAAUCUCACGAGUUGCUUUAGUGGAUGCGAGAUGGUGCACGCCGCACCCCGAUAUAUAUUGAUAAGGUGAUCAAACAGCUCUAACGCCUGUCAACCGAACCGGAUUUUUCCUGGACUGUGGCGCACAUGAGCAUCUUGUUUUCUUUUUGAUUUAUGUGUUUUCACUGACUAACUGUUUUUGGAGGAUCUUCUGAUGUGGCGGGAUUGUGCCGUUUUGACUAAAAGGAUCAACUGAGCACUGUUGCUCUGAACCAGAGAGGAGGACGCAGGAGCAUCUCACCUAUCAACACAAUAAGAACCUUCAUCAUGGCUGAGAGGACUCUUGAUCCGGUCCCCGUCAGCAUCCCCAUGGAGGAGACCAAGAUGCCCAGUGGAGCGCCUUCGGAGGCCCCGCUGCUCAUCCACUUGAAGAAGGUGGAGAACCACAUCACGGAGGCUCAGCGCUUCUCCCACCUCCCACGCCGCUCUGCUGUGGACCUGGAGUUCAACGAGCUGUCCUACACCAUCCGGGAGGGCCCCUGGUGGAGGAGGAGAGGUUACAAAGCCUUACUUAAGUGUCUGUCUGGAAGAUUCAGAAACAAAGAGCUGAUCGGCAUCAUGGGUCCUUCUGGAGCCGGGAAAUCCACUCUGAUGAAUAUCCUGGCGGGGUACAGAGAGACGGGCAUGAAGGGGGAGAUCAAGGUGAACGGCCGGCCGAGGGACCUGAGGACCUUCAGGAAGAUGUCAUGCUACAUCAUGCAGGACGACAUGCUGCUGCCUCACCUCACUGUGCGGGAGGCCAUGAUGGUUUCUGCCAAUCUGAAGCUGAACGAGUCCAUGCAGGUCAAAAAGGAACUUGUGGAUGAGAUCCUGACGGCUCUGGGUCUGCAGGAGUGCGCUCAGACACGCACCAACGCUAUCUCUGGAGGUCAGUGUAAACGACUGGCCAUCGCCCUGGAGCUGGUCAACAACCCGCCCGUCAUGUUCUUUGACGAACCCACCAGUGGUCUGGACAGCUCGUCCUGCUACCAGGUGGUCUCCCUCAUGAAGUCUCUGGCUCUGGGAGGACGGACAAUCAUCUGCACCAUUCACCAGCCCAGUGCCAAGCUCUUUGAGAUGUUUGAUAAGCUGUACAUCCUCAGUCAGGGUCAGUGCAUAUACAAGGGCACGGUCCCUUACCUCAUCCCUUAUCUGAAGAGCCUGGGCCUCCACUGCCCGACAUAUCACAAUCCUGCUGACUUCAUCAUCGAGGUGGCGUCAGGGGAGUAUGGGGAUCUGAAUUCAAUUCUGUUCGAGGCGGUCCAGGGUGGACUGUGCUCAGAUCAGAGCAAGAAGAACUCCGGAGACAAAAGUGACUCCUCAUGUCCCUCGACAUGUCCCAGUGAGACAGGAACCCUUGAGAAACAUAGCUUUGCUACCAGUACAUUCACACAGUUCUGCAUCCUCUUCAAAAGAACCUUCAUUACGAUAUGCAGGGACAUGGUGCUGACCCACCUAAGGGUGAUGUCCCAUAUUUUUAUUGGAGUGCUGAUUGGCUUGCUUUAUCUCAAGAUUGGAAAUGAUGCCAGCAAGGUGUUCAACAACACUGGCUUCCUCUUUUUCUCCAUGUUGUUCCUCAUGUUUGCUGCCCUGAUGCCCACCAUCCUAACAUUUCCUCUGGAGAUGUCCGUGUUCAUGCGGGAACAUCUCAACUACUGGUACAGCCUGAAAGCCUAUUACUUGGCCAAAACCAUGGCUGACAUACCGUUCCAGGUGAUUUGUCCGAUCUUGUACUGUAGUAUUGUUUACUGGAUGACUGAGCAGCCUCCAGAGGCGAGUCGCUUCCUCCUCUUUAUGGCUUUGUCCACUUCCACGGCCCUGGUGGCCCAAUCCCUCGGUCUGCUUAUAGGGGCUGCAUCUUCAUCUCUGCAGGUGGCAACCUUUGUGGGUCCAGUCACAGCCAUACCAGUACUCCUCUUCUCUGGUUUCUUUGUCAAUUUUGACACCAUUCCCAAAUACCUACAGUGGAGCUCGUAUGUUUCCUAUGUCAGGUACGGCUUUGAGGGGGUGAUACUCUCCAUCUACGGGAUGAACCGGUCGGAGCUGGAGUGCCCGGGCGUGGUGUGUAAGUUCCAAAAACCGGAGGAGGUCCUGCAGCUGCUGAAUGUGGCGGAUGCAAAGCUCUACGUCGACUUCAUUGUGCUGGGGGGUUUCUUUUUGGCCCUCAGACUGGCAACUUACCUGGUUCUGCGCUACAAGGUCAAGUCAGAGCGUUAAGACGUCCGGAGGCGGAUGGAUUUGGAUACUUGCACAUAUCCCACCAGUGUGAGAUAGUAACAUAUAAUGUCUUCAUUCUUUGUCUCAAACUUUCAUACAGUACAUGUACAAAGACAUACACAAGUCCAGCUCAUACAAAAACAUCCGAAGCUGUGCUGCAACACCAAACUGUACAGUGUAAUAUUAUCUUUUAAACGGUUUGUUUUUGGAAGAAAGGGAACAUCCCUUAUCCUACAGGUAAUAGUAUUUUUAAAAUCACCAUUACCUUCUGAAACUAUUGUGUAUCUGCGCUAUACACGAACAGAAUACCCAACAAAGUAACAAAAAGCAUGUCUCUUUAGACUGAGAAAUUGCGGCCAGUCCAAGAAAGUGCCACAUGAAUCAUAAGCUGAAGCCUCCGGGUUUAUGGGGAGCCAUAGUACCACCACCUUGGUGCCGGAGUGUCCAAUAUCAUGUAGCUUCUCAAUCCAAUGCCUGAAAAGACAAUCAUAACAUCCGACUCCACAUCAGCACCUAUCAAGGAACCAGAUCUCAAGACGGACAUCCUCAAAAUGCCAUCAGGAAAAGCAAACUCACAGUGCCAGAACAGAAAACCUGUCUUGCUCUUCUGUAGAAACAUCUCAUCAGGUACCAGGACGUUGACCGGUAUGGCUUUUCUUUACAGAAUGAGACUUCAACAAACCACUGAAUCAUUGUUGCAGCCCUACCAUUGACGGUGGUAGAACCCAGGCCUGUGAUUCAUUACCUUAAUAUAACACGUUCGCCAUCAUCGUGGAAGCAUUCAGAAAGCAAGCAUGACUGCUGUUUCCAGCCUGACAGAAAGCUGCUGCACAGAGAGAUGGAGGCGAAGUGCAAGCUGUUAUGGUUAAAAAAAAGUCUAAUCGGUGUCACUCUUUCGACACAGUUUUUUGAACUGCUUGUUUCCACUCAUUCUCAUUGUAUGACUCUUUAGCUGCCUCCUCGCUGAACUCCUCUUUCCCUCUGCUUUGCUGACGUCUGACAGAUGUGCGUUGUCCCAAACAAUGCUAGAUAUCUUGAACCGCUGGCUGGGCAGUUUUUCGUGCCUCUGAAAUAGAAUGAUUUGAGUUUCCUUUGCUUCAUUGUUUGCACAUACAUCCAUAUGUCAACACACACCCACACCCACACAAAGACACACACACACACACACACACACACAUACACACACACACACACACACACACACACACACACACACACACACACACACACACACACACACACACACACACACACUUGGCAAUGUUUAGAAGAGCCUCUCCUUGUUGCAGGGCAAUGCAAAUAUUUUCCAAUAGACUUGCUUUGAAAUAUUUCUUACUUAAACUAUGCUACUUAGUAUUCCUUAUUAUAAUGCAUAAAACAAUGUGGGUAUAUAAUCAAUGAUUGUACAGUGAGUAUGUCAUGCUGUAAACAAAUGUACAUUUGCACUUUUCAAUGUAUGUUAUUAUUAUUAUUUAUUUUAUUUGAUUUGUAUAUAUCUACGUGAUGAUGAGCGCUGCUUGAUAGUAUAACGGGAAAACAGCAACCGAAUGUUGCAUGUCCAAAUUAGGAAUUAUGAAAUAGUACAUUUCGGGGUAAAGUGUAACGAUUUCCUUUUUCUCAUCCAAAUGUAACCUGCCGUGGAGAUGCAAAUACUCUGCUUUCUGCUGAACAUUUUUAGAAUAUCUGGAACAGAGUGCGUCACUGGUGCAGAUACAAAAAGAAAAAGAAUCAGGAGUGAGAAUGUAAUGUAGAAAAUGUGUGAAAUGUGCUGGAAGGAAGACGGAUUAACAAGAGACAAAUGUAUAAUUAUGUAGCUGAAGAGAGUGGCGGUCUCUUUAGAAACAGACUGGAGAGAGAGCAGUGAUCGCUGAUCUGCUUCACUGUUCAGCAGGUGGAGUCCUGGUGACGUCUGGAUUCUGUCAUUAAUAGCAAUAGUUAAUAUUGUGAUAUAGUUAUACCUCCCACUGCUGUGGCAUCAGUCAUAUGUUUUUUACUGAGAGCUUGAUUUGAGUCUUUUUUGUUCCUAACAGUUUUAUUAUGUGCAAUAACCAUCCAAUGGUGUUUUCAUGAAGGGAAUCAUGCAGUCUGUCUCUUUCUCAUCUUUGGUUAUGUUUUAGGUCUAAUUAGAGGGACAGAAGCAGAACAAUAAUAUUAAAACGUACUGUAGACGGGUCUGAAUAAGCUGAAAUAGUAGUAAUAUUUUGUCACUUUAAUGUCCGACUUUGUCAAAGUUCUCAAGUUAGUGCAGGAAAAUGUAUAAAAGUUGCAUAAAGUGACUUUUAGGGCCAUUACAGCAGAUAUGUGUUUUAUUCUUCCACAAAUGACACGAAAAGCUCAAGUGUUGGUAGCAGACCUGCAAGGAUGACUUUGCAUGAGGAAGAUAAAGAACUCGAACCCUGGAGAAAAGCAGGGAUAAUUAGCAGCGUUGCAGUCAUUAACAAGUCUGGGAACGUCUCGGCCUCAGGUCUUAAGGACUGUGGCACCAAAGAAGAACACAAAUGAUCCUUCCUCUGCUGCGAAAUGUGAAAAGAAGAGGGUUCAUCUCUCAGCAAAUGUUCUCAUUACGUUUCUGGCCAAAGAAUUAGCUCUGAAAAGUCACCCACAAUGUUUGGAGUCAUUUAAAUCCAACUGGAUUUUCCUGCUAAUUGGAUUUUCAAUCUAUCCUGAAAUUGUUUCUUAAGAUUUUCCAUUGUCAUUUCCAGGUCAUAAAAGUGAUCACUGACAAAUAUGAUUUAGCUCCAGUGGAGAAAAUCACAUGAGAGCAGUAUUGUGGAAGUGUGCAGGAUGCAGCUGAUGAGCGUAUGUUCGAUGCUUUUUCACACUUUGAAUUAUCAUGUCACUAUUUCACCUGUUUGCCAUAAUAAGCCACCUGACAGUGCACUCUAACAUGCAUGGUUAAUGAUUAUAUGCAGGCUAAUCCUACAGAACGUUUCGAUGGUCUGGUUGAAUAUAAGUGUUGGAAGGCUGUUUAACACUGACUGUCUUUUUUAUUUUUGUUUUAUAUAUUUUGUUUAUCAUUUACAGAUUAACUAAUGGUUUCAUAAAAUAAAAAAAUGCAAGUUCUCUAUACUGAACGCUGUUCCAAGGAUUAUAAUAAAGAUAAUUU